AUGCGGUCUCUACCCGCAAUAGUGGGCUUGCUGCCUCUGCACCUCGCCCUGCUCCAGCAGCAGUUCCUGCAUGGCGUCACUGCAACGCCCGUCGUCAGCGGGCCGCAAAAAGUCAUUGGCUCUGCGUCUGCGCUUGCAAGAACUCAGGAAGAGCCUCGCCGCUUGAGCGGGAAGUUUCUGCACAUUACAGAUUUCCACCCAGAUCAGUUCUAUAAAGCCCACACCUCAACAGAAGAAGAUAUAGCUUGCCACAGGGGCAGCGGGCCUUCAGGCUACUACGGCGCAGAAACCUCAGACUGCGACUCCCCCAUCUCCCUUGUAGACGCGACUUUCGACUGGAUUGCCAAGAACAUCGCCGACGACAUCGACUUCGUCAUUUGGACUGGCGACUCAGCGCGCCACGACAGCGAUGAAGAAAUUCCUCGAAAUGCCAGCCAGGUGCUUGGCACAAAUCGAUUGAUCGCCGACAAAUUCGUCGAAACAUUCGCUCACCCGACCGAUGCCACGCGCAUGACCGUACCGGUCAUUCCCACCUUUGGAAACAACGACAUUCUACCGCACAAUAUCCUGCGACCGGGCCCUAACAAGUGGCUGGGAUAUUACUCGGAGAUCUGGAAGCGUUUCAUCCCGGAGGAGCAGCGUCACUCGUUUGGUUUCGGUGGCUGGUUCUACGUUGAGGUCAUCCCCAAUAAGCUGGCGGUCUUCAGCUUAAAUACGCUAUAUUUUUUUGACCGAAAUGCGGGCGUCGAUGACUGCCAGCAGCCCUCAGAGCCUGGCUUCAAGCAGAUGGAAUGGCUCCGCGUGCAGCUGCAAUUCCUCCGCGAGCGUGGCAUGAAGGCGAUCCUGAUGGGCCAUGUGCCCCCGGCCCGCACCGACAGCAAGAAGAACUGGGACGAGACAUGCUGGCAGAAGUAUAACUUAUGGAUGCGACAAUACCGUGACGUUGUCGUCGGGUCUCUGUAUGGUCACAUGAACAUCGACCACUUCAUUGUGCAUGAUACUAAGGAUAUGGACAUCAAUGUCCUCAGCGGCUUCGCCGUUGACGAUGAUGUUGGUCGAGAAGCUUUCGAGGACGAACUUGAAAUUCAGUCUGCAGCGGACUACCUCCAAGAGUUGCGAGAAGGCUGGUCGAAACUUCCGAACGUGUCCAAGGCCCUGCUCGAUGAGGCCGACGCCGUGGAGCCAGAGAAGAAGAAGAAGAAGAAAGGCAAGAAGAAGCCGUCCAAGGACCUGGGCGGUAAGUACGCCGAGCGAUACCAUCUUUCCCUCAUCGGACCCAGCAUUGUGCCCAACUACUUCCCCACCAUUCGGGUCAUGGAGUACAACAUCUCUGGGCUUGAAAAUGCGGCGGUUUGGACCGAUUCCUUCACCGAUGCGCUGCCGGCGAUCCAGCUGCCGAUCGACGAUGAUCCGAUACACGAGGAACUGAGGCGUGAUAUGGAGGCUGCAAAGAAGAAGAAGAAGGGCAAGAAAGGAAAGAAGGGCAAAGACAAGAAGCCGGACAUGGGCGAGGAUCCCAACCUGGUCGUUCCCGAGCCACCACCUGCAGGAACAGGGCCAGGCCCGGCUUACGACCCUCAGCCCCUGACGUUCCUUGGGUAUACCCAGUACUUUGCGAACCUGACCCACAUCAACAACGAUAUGACGCACGACGACGGCGCAUCAGGCAGCAAGUGGCGCGACGGCAUCCAUAAAGACAAGGAUCCCAAGUCCAGCAAGCCCAAGCCGAAUCCCUUCGAGUUCGAGGUUGAGUACAGCACCUUCACGGACAAGAUCUACGGCCUGUCAGAUCUGACCGUGCGGAGCUACGUCAAGUUGGCUCACCGCAUCGGUCAGGAGAGCGCCAAAGGCAAGGUCCUUGCAGAAGACUUUGAAGACGACAGCGAAGAAGACAUAGAGGAGAACGAUGACGAAGAAUAUGAUUCUGACGACGUAGACGAAGACGUAGAGACGGAGAAGAAGAAGAAGAAGAAAGGAAAGAAGGGCAAGAAAGGCGGCAAGAAGAAAAAGAAGCACAAUAAGGUUUGGUUGCAUUUCCUCAAGCAUGCCUUCGUCAGGACGGUGCCGGAGAAGGAUCUGAAGAAAUUUUAG